UGAAGAUGGAACUCAUAUAGAUCAGAAGAGAUGUCUUGGUCGACUUUCCCAAGCUACUGCAACCCUACCUGCUUGUGUUUCUCUUCAACUCCAGUACACCCAGAAAAGCGACAGACUACUCAGCGUUCUCCAUGUCCUUGUCAGUCGAGGCGAUAAUUUCCAUUGUUGGGGUGUUAAUCAACAUCCCCCCCGCCGCCCUUCUACUCUGGAACCUCGGCAAGAGGAACCGGUCGAAAAAAACCAGAGUAUCAGGGGAAGAUGCCGAACGAAAACCCUCCGAACAGACUGGAAGCACCUCUGGACCAAGCCAACAGAACGUCGAUGUCGUGAUUAUUUUCCAAGCGCCCUGAGCAGUGCAAGCAUGUAUCUGUCAGUGAUAUCUAGUCCCAAUAAAGAAGUGCGGUUCAUUGGCAGGAGAGCCUGCAUCCUGUCUAGAGAUGAAGUAGGGCGCUGGUGUUGGUUAUAUGGUGAAUAUUAUGGGGUUUCUCAUACCGAAUCAGGAAGUGCUCUACUGUCUCUCGCGAUUGUCCGCUUAAACAUUGGUCCGUUGGUUCUGCUUUGAUCUGAUGGGGGUAUUACCUGUUGCGGCGUGCCAUUACUGUUCUGAGUUGGGCCAGUAUGCUGGCCUCCUUGCGGUAGAGUUGGUCGUACAGCUUGUGUGCUUCCCUAGCAAUGCAGAUCCAACUUAAAAGGGG